AUGUCGGGUCAAACGGGUCAAAAGAAAAGCGGUUCUAACUUCGUUAUGGAUUUUUUGAUGGGCGGUGUCUCUGCUGCCAUUUCAAAAACUGCCGCCGCUCCUAUUGAACGUGUUAAGUUAUUACUUCAGAACCAGGAAGCUAUGAUCAAGUCCGGUCGUCUCGCGAGACCUUACAAGGGUAUUGGCGACUGCUUUGUUCGAACAGUUGCAGACGAGGGUGUUAUCAGUCUUUGGCGUGGUAAUACCGCAAAUGUCAUCCGAUAUUUCCCUACUCAAGCCUUGAACUUCGCAUUUAAAGAUAAAUUCAAGAGAAUGUUUAAUUAUAAAAAAGAGAAAGAUGGUUAUGCUAAAGUGUUUCUUGGCAACAUUGCCUCUGGAGGUGCUGCUGGGGCCGUAUCUUUGACGUUCGUGUAUUCUCUUGAUUUUGCUCGAACUCGUCUCGCUAAUGACGCUAAGGCCGCUUCGAAAGGUGCUGGUGAUCGUCAAUAUAGUGGUCUUAUUGAUGUCUAUCGCAAAACCCUUGCAUCCGAUGGUAUAGUUGGUCUUUACAGAGGUAUCAUUAUUUACAGAGGUCUUUACUUCGGUAUGUUUGAUUCCCUUAAGCCCAUUGUCCUAACUGGAAACCUCAAAGACAAUUUCCUCGCAUCAUUCUUGCUCGGAUGGUCUGUUACUAUCGGGGCUGGCCUUGCAAGUUAUCCAAUAGAUACAGUACGACGUAGAAUGAUGAUGACGUCCGGUGAGGCUGUAAAAUAUAAAUCCUCUAUGCAUGCCUUUAAAGAAAUUGUUGCCAAGGAAGGUAUGGGAUCUUUGUUCAAGGGUGCUGGUGCCAAUAUCCUUCGUGCUAUUGCUGGUGCUGGUGUUUUAGCUGG